GGGGGCGGCCGGGGGGGCCGAAGGGACUGCGCCGGCCGGGCCGUGGCGGGUGGGUUGGCCUGGCCCACCCCCCUCGGCGUCCGUCUCCCCCACUCCCGGGGGCCUCACCUGCGGGAAGCCCCCCUCCCCGCCGCCCCGGGGACCCCGGAGGCCCGGGUCUGCCUGCGCUUUGGCCUUCUGCCCUCCCCGCCCGAAGAAAGUUAAGAAACGGACCCGCGGUGGGUUCUGCGCGUCGCCUCGAAGCUUGGGGUCACGGGCCGCACCUGCUGGGAAUCGGGUCUUGAGCCCCGAAAUCUUCCCGGAAGCAGUGUGAGGAAGGCAGAAGCCGCCGCCCUCCCUGGCCUGGCGAAGCCACCCGCCACCAUGCCCAAGAGAAAGGCAAAAGGCGACGCUAAAGGUGACAAAGCCAAGGUGAAGGGUGAGCCGCAGAGGAGAUCUGCGCGGCUGUCUGCCAAACCCGCUCCCCCAAAACCGGAAGCCAGGCCUCCAAAGGCCGCUGCCAGGAAGGCCGAGAAGCGGCCCAAGGGGAGAAAGGGGAAAGCAGAGGGCGACAGGGUUGGGGACAAGGCCGGGGACAAGGCCGGGAAGAACCCGGACACUUCCACGGCCCCGUCACAGAAAGCAGAAGGCAGCGGGGACGCCAAAUGAAAUGUACUUUUUUCAUAACUCAACUUCUAGUGACUCUGCUGUUCGAGAUACUGUCUGUCUUCAGUCAACUUUUAUAAAAGUGUAGAACUUGGGCUCUGAUUUCCAACUUCCGCCGUUGGCAUGCAAGACGCAUUGUUGUUGUCCCCUGUGGAAAGCGCAAAUCCCGCUGACAGAAUGUCUCCGGGGCCCGAUUGAAAUGGGGGGAGAUGGCGCCUCGUGUCCUCACUGUUGAAGAUUAUUCUCGGUUCCCGGGAGGGGUCUCCUGUCAGCCCCCCCGGGCUCAGAAGCCUUCCGGCAUGGAGAAGCAAAACCUCAUGGCUUCUCUCCUGAGGCGAGCAGCAUACACUGGCCUUCGUGGAAUAGUCAUGACGCGGCCUUGGCACCCCCAGCCUCCUGUCGGGUGAUCGCACUCAGGCCUUCUGGCCGUAACAGCAAGAUGGCGUUGCCCCAAAGAGCCAGGAUCCCUGUGUGUAGUUGGCAGGCGAUCCCAGUGGCCAUCCUGGACUUUUUAGCUCCUCUCCCCCACGUCAGAGUUGACCCGUGAAAAGAUCUCACGUACCUCAUGCGAAAUAUCCACGCCUCCCGAGAACGUCACCUUUUCAGAAGAGCAACAGAAGACUGUUGACUUGGGGGGGGGCGGGGGGGGGGAGUUUGAAUGUUGUCGGGUGUUGUGUGGAUUGAUUGUCACCCGUGUCCUCCUGGAAGUGGCUGGUCCUGAAAAGUACCUUAUAAAAGCUGAAUACAUAUUAGCCUGGUGGGAGGGGGAUCCUUUCCUACCCACAGCCCUAGAGAUCUUCUUUACUGCACCUUAAACAUGGUUUUACGUUUCACACUUGUCCGCAGUCUUCUCUGCACUGAUCGGCGUGCAAAGUACGAGAUAGAAGUUCAAUAUAAUAUUUUGUCCAGGUGGAUAAGCUGUGGUCGUCGCUGCACCAUUUUCUGAAGAGUUCAUUCCUUCCCAUGGAUCCGGAACACCAGCUCUUUCGAAAAUGGAGUCUCUUGGGGGUGGGUGGGUGCGGGGCAGGGCGGGUGUGGAUUCUCUUCUGACUCACUGGUCAGUUUGCCCAACCCCACGGCAGUGCAAUAUAGUCCUGAGCACUACAGCUUUUAGAAAGAGGUCUUGGUAUCUCAGGACAAAUCUCACCUCCACCUCCAAAAUAAAGUCUCCACCAAACUUGUCUUCUUCGGGAACAUCGUGGCCAUCCUCAGCUGUUUGCUAACGGCUUUUAGAAUUAGAUUUGCUACAACUUUUAGAAUUAGAUUGAUCAGUCCUUUUAUUUAAAAAUUUUUUUUAAUGUCUAUUCAUUUUUGAGAGACAGAGAGAGACAGAGUGUGCAUAGGGGAGGAGCAGAGAGAGAGGGAGACACAGAAUCCCAAGCAGGCUCCAGGCUCUGAGCCGUCAGCACGGAGCCUGAUGUGUGGCUCGAACUCACGAAUCGCGAGAUCAUGACCUGAGCCGACGUCGGACGCUUAGCCGACUGAGCCACCCAGGCGCCCCUAGAUUGACCAGUUCUAAAACAAAACAAAAAUGCUGGAAUUUUUAUUGGACUUAUAUUGAAUUCAUAGACUAAUUACAAUGUUGAGUCUUCCCUUGAACAUGAUGUAGCUCUUCAUUUAUUUAACCUUUUUAAGUGUCUUUCAAUAAAGUUUUAUAAUUUUCUCCAUAAA